GCCUGCCAUUUGAUUGCCAAGGCACGAGUGCCCGCCGUGCGCCAGCCGUAGCAGGUUGCGAGAGAGGGCGAGCAUAACUCCUCAAACCGUAUCGUCGCAUCAAUCGAGUUAGGGCUGCCCGCCCCAGCGGAAGAGAGCAUUUAGCAAGGAGCAAUGGGUAAAAAGAGCAGGAGGCGCAAGGGCUCCAGGGACGAACAGCCCAUCGAGGUGACCCUCAGCCGAGCCCAAGAGGUGCGCGAGGUCAGCCUCCGCGACGCCGCGGCCGACGCGGCGUAUGCGGCCGCCGACGAGGACGCCGCGGCGGCGCCGGUCGUGGCCGACGUCGACAUUGUCGUCGACGACGGCGACCAGGCCGCGCUGUACUUUUCAGUAUCAUUGUGGCGCGCGAGGAGGCUCCUCGGCAACAACAACAACGCGCGAGGCAAGACCUCGGACCCGUACGUGCUGGUGAAGUACGGGGACCAGGAGAUCAAGACCCGGGUGGUCAAGGAGUCGCUGGACCCGGUCUGGAAGCACCACGUCAUGCUCGAGUACGACCCAUCGAUACGAGAGGUCGAGUUGUAUGUUUUUGAUUAUGAAAAUUUCUCGUCGGACGAUUUGUUGGGGCGCAUCACGCUGUCCCUCCCGGACCCGCUGCCUACGGAGCCGGCUUUUUGUGUUCUGGAUAGGGAGUGGCUACGAGUAGAACCGUGCUCGACGACGGAACAGGACAAGCUCAAGACCUUUUCCAAUGUAAGACGCUCCCUGACCAAGGCCAUCCGCGUCUUCCACGACACAGAGUGGCUCCACAAGCAAGAGGACCUCGGGGAGAUGUGCGUGUCGCUGACGGCGUUCCGCUUAGAUGAAUUACCUUCACUGGUAAGGCAAUCGAAGCAGACGCGGCGCCUGUCGCAAUCAGUUGUCGGUGAGGCGACGCUGCGCCUCGAAUCGGAGCUGGGCGCGGCGCGGCGCGACGCCGACCGGAGUGAAAGGGCUCUAGAGGUCGAGCGCGCGAAGACGGCGAGGCUCGAGGAGGAGGUGGCGCGGCUUGAAGAGAGGCACGACGCUGCACACAGAGAAUUGCGGGAGGCCGCGGACACGCAGGCGGAGCUCGACCGGCGCGAGUUGAGGUUAAGAGGCGUCGCCGAGGGCGCCCAAUCGGAGACGGACGCCUGGCGCGAGCGUGUUUCUAGAUUGGAGGCGUCCAUCUCUGCGCUGGAAAAUGAGCGCGACCGCGAGCGCCUCCGGGCGCGGAAGCUGGAGAGAGAACGCGACGACGCCGUGCAGCUCCGCGCAUCGACACCCAUCACAACGGACGACCUAUCGCUCGAGGACCUCCAGGAGCGCAUCCACGGCCUGACGCUGGCGUACUACUACAUGAAGCGCAAGCAGCCUCCGGUCGCGCCGGCGCCCUUGCUGGACCACGUGAACCGGUACUCGCUGCCGGGGGCGCCGGCGCUGAAGGCGAUUGGGGAUGGGUCCAACGCGGCAGCGGCGUCGUAAAUUAUUUUAGGCAUACUUAGGCAACCUCAAAAA